UAAUCUUUUCUUGUUGUUGCCUGCACCCUCUGGAACUCAAGUCCUGAUAAUCUUACAAGAAUAGGAGAAAUUAUCCAACAAAAGGUGUAGUCAACAAUCAACGUAACGCCUAACUAAAAAAAGGAAACGAAAAGUCUAUGUUUCUAAGUUAUCAGUCAAUGCCAUUACCAUUUCUCUCAAAAACAGCGAGUUUUUUUAGGAAGCUGUGAAGAAUAAAUCCAUUCCUAGCAAGUAUUUUGAGGCUACCCUUUGUUUGUCCUAACUGGAUUGUCGAGUGUGAGUCAAACAAACAGCCUUGGCUUCUUUUUUUGUUGUACAUUUGUAUUUAAUCUCCUUCAGCUUCUCUCCUUCCCUUUCAUCACUUUAUACAUACGUAAAGCCUCUUCUUCCAUUCCUUAAUCCUGUUCCUCCAAGGUUGCUCGCUGAAAGUAGCUGGAUUUUCACCGCCUUGCAUCACUGAAGAAUCAGAGGCCUGUUCUGUGAGGUCGUAGCCUAAAUGACCUGGGAGCAAGCUUGUACAUUGAGAUAAGCAUCAAUGGAGAAGCCGCCAAGCCAGAGCACAGUCGGUGGUAAACCUAUUACUACAUUUGUGCAAACAGACACAAAGGCCUUUCGUGAUGUCGUUCAGCGGUUAACAGGCUCAUCAGAGGGUGAUGCAGCAGAAGGAACAGCAGUAGCAGCAACAAAGAUUGCAGGCAUAACGAGAUCAACACCUAAACUCCAUGAAAGAAGGCAAAACCUAAGGCCCAAGCUAGAGAUAGUGAAGCCCCCUCUUAACUUCAAACCUAGUACUUCGCCAACGACAUCGGGCAAUCACAGUCUUCUUCCAAGCCCCGCAGGAACCCCUUCAUUCAUGUUCUCCCCUUCCACCAUUUUAUCAAAACUGUCAAUCCAAGAACAGGAGAGCAGAGGAGAGUCAGCAAUAUCUGACUUAAAUAACGAGGAAGAAGAGAAAGCCAUUAAAGAGAGGCGAUUUUACCUGCAUCCAUCACCACGGUCUAAACCUGGUUACACUGAACCAGAGUUGCUCGCAUUGUUUCCUUUAACAUCCCCCCAAGCAAGUGACAAACACUAAUUUUGACAGUGUAUAUCCUCCCACUGGAAGAACUUUUUUCCCUGUGAAGUAAAGGACGUCGUGUUAACUGUUACCAUAAACAGAUGUUAUCGUUUUUGAGAAAGCACCAAGUAAUGUAAUGGUAUUGUUCUUAUAAUUCUCAAGAGAUCAUUUUUCAUCAUAAAUAAGCAUCCACGGUGACUCACGCGAGUGCAGAAAUGACGGCUAAGGUAUCCAUUUUUAAAUAUAAUGAACGAGUAAAAGUGCAGGGGGUUAUGUGCCA